GGCGCAACAGCACGACGUGUAUCAUAUUCAAAGUCAAGUGGAUUAGGCAUCUUAACAGACAGUACAAACGUGAUGAUGAAAGGACUUAACUGCGGACUGCGUUGGGUCGCACCACUGUUUAGUCGCGGCUUACAUUCUGGAAGCCGCACAGCUUCUUCUGUAGCUUCCCGAGCCAAACAGAAAGAUCGCGCUCUCACCUCAGAGGAGGUGUAUGUCCGCGAGGACCGUUACGGAGCCCACAACUACCAUCCGCUCCCUGUUGCACUGGAGAGAGGAGAAGGCAUCCAUCUGUGGGAUGUAGAGGGGCGGAGGUACUAUGACUUUCUCAGUGCAUACAGUGCUGUGAACCAGGGUCACUGCCACCCUAAGAUCAUCGCAGCCCUUACAGCCCAGGCCUCCAGGCUGACCUUGACCUCCCGUGCUUUCUACAAUGAUGUAUUGGGAGCCUAUGAGGAGUACAUCACCAGCCUGUUUGGUUAUGACAAGGUUCUCCCCAUGAACACAGGAGUUGAAGGUGGAGAGACAGCAUGCAAACUGGCCCGCAAAUGGGCUUACAACGUGAAAGGCAUUCCCAAGUACCAGGCAAAAAUCAUCUUUGCAAAUGGAAAUUUCUGGGGUCGGACCAUGGCAGCCAUCUCUAGCUCUACAGACCCCAGCAGUUAUGACGGCUUUGGCCCUUUCAUGCCUGGCUUUGAGCUUGUCCCUUACAACGACAUCCCUACCUUGGAGAAAGCUCUUCAGGACCCAAACGCUGCGGCUUUCAUGGUGGAACCCAUUCAGGGCGAGGCCGGAGUGGUGGUGCCUGACCCCGGUUACCUGACCAAAGUGCGCGAGCUCUGUACCAAACACAACGUGCUGUUUAUAGCUGACGAGGUGCAGACUGGACUUGCCCGAACAGGGAGACGGUUGGCUGUGGACCACGAGUCUGUGAGGCCGGACCUGGUGGUUCUGGGAAAAGCUCUCUCCGGAGGAGUGUACCCAGUGUCUGCUGUGCUGUGUGACGACGAGAUCAUGCUGACGAUUAAGCCAGGCGAGCAUGGCUCCACAUAUGGAGGAAAUCCACUGGCCUGUCGGGUGGCUGUUGCCGCCUUGGAGGUUCUGGAGGAGGAGAAGCUGGCUGAAAAUGCUGAGAAAAUGGGUCAGCUUCUGAGGGCGGAGCUUAUGAAACUGCCAAGUGAAAUUGUGACCACAGUAAGAGGGAAAGGCCUGCUCAACGCCAUCGUCAUUAAAGAGACGAAAGACUAUGAUGCAUGGAGAGUGUGCUUGCGUCUCCGUGACAAUGGACUCCUGGCCAAGCCCACUCACGGUGACAUCAUUAGACUGGCCCCACCUCUGAUCAUCAAAGAGGACGAGAUCAGAGAGUGUGUCGACAUCAUUCAGAGAACCAUUCUCUCCUUCUGAGCCUGCAAACUCUGACUCAACUCCCGGGAUUCCUCCCAAAGUGAUCUGUACGAGUAGUCAUCCCGAUGGACCGCCCACACGAUCCCUCGUCCCCUUUUCCUUAGAGUUCAAACAACAGCACCUUAUUCUGCACAUUACACUGUAAUCUCAUAUAGUUUCAUUUCAAAAGUGCUUUACCGUGCAGGCCGCUCUCUGGAAUGUAGGAGAGAACACUCCAUUAGCACGCUGCAUGGAUGAUAUGACAUGAUCUUAUGCACAAAGUAACCUAAACACAUGGUCUCCUCACACUCCUGGUAGGAGUGAAAGAGGUUAUGAUUGCUAAGGUGUAAAGACCCCCCCUCCGUAGCGGCAGGUUCCUCAGUUUAAUUUUUGUGAUGUUUAAUUUUUAAGUUUUAUGAAAUGCACCACACAGAAAAUUGUUAUAGCAGAAGUCUAUACAAAAAAAGAAGAGGAAGAAAAAAUUCCAUGUUUCACACUCACCAAUUGGGGGUGCUGACAGAUGAACAGAUGUAAUUGUUACAUAUCUGCAGCACUGUAGACAGUCUAAACUGACUGUUACCUUGCAGAACUGUGAGAAUAAUUUAAAUAAUAUGCAUUUGUUGCAUUUUUAAGAAGCAGAUAAAAAAAAAAAACAAAGUACUUUUUUCCCCAAGUUAGACAGAUGGGAUUUGGUUGUUGCUUUAACAACUGGAAAAAGGUAAGAAAAAGGUUCAGUUAUAACUGUUCACAGACUGAGGGAAAUUUGUUUUCUUUUUUUAGUGUUACAGAAUUGAAAAUGAAAUGUCAGUGUUGACAGUGUUGAUAUUCAGAAAGUCAAAUACAGAAGGGAACUGUUGUCAUUUCUGACCCAUAGACUUAGGACUCAAGUCACUGCUGUCUUUUUUUUGGCUAACCCAAAUGUUUCAGGGGAGGAUCUUUAAUUGGUUACAAGGGCUUAGAUCCACUGCUGAAGAAGACAGUUACAUUGUUUCACAAGUCACUGUUUAGCUGUUCUACUGCUGUCUAAUGCAGAGCGCUGACGCCUGCUGAAAUUUUAUGCUGUUUAAUUUGAGUUACAUUAUUUUUCCUGUAGAUGAAAAUUUAGAGAGGAUAAUGUGAAGCGUUUCUUCUGCAGAAGCCUGUGUGUUCGCAGGCGGAAUUAUUUAUCUGUACAGUAUUUGUGUGAGAUUUCUCUAAAAGAAUGUUUAACAGAUGGUAUUCCGUUACAACUGGAAAUGCAGACUUACUAGGGUUACAUUUUCAUGUUUUAGAGUUUUCAGUUUUUGUUGCUGUCUUAAAUGAACAUUGAAGAUUCAAAUAAAAUAACCAGCUGG